UAUUUACAUGUCCUCUGGGGAAGAGGGUAAAGUUGACUAGCUGACUAGCAGUAGGGGCCUUUGACUACCUCUCCACCUACCCCUCUCAGUCUGCAUACAGUACACCCCCAGGACACAGCCCAGGGUUCUUUAGCCUCGUUUCUUCAUUAGCAUUAGCGACCAGGCUAACACGGGGUUGCUGUGUACAGUAAAGGAUGUGGUUCUGUGUGUGGCUGAUAGCCCUGUGUAUGUGUUGGCAUGGGGGCAGCCCCUCCCCGGUGACCCCUGCGGUGGGGUGCCAGGGCCCAGAGGUCCUGAGGGCGGCGGAGGAAGGCCUGGACAAGAUCAAUGCUGACCUCACCGAAGGAUUCAUCCUCAGCCUCAACAGAGUCUAUGAUGUCAGCCAGCAGACAGUGGAAGGAGCAGGGGUGCUGUUCAACCUGACCAUAGACGUGCUGGAGACAAAGUGUCACGUGAUCAGCAAGAAGCCAUGGAAGAAAUGUGAAGUGAAGGAUGUAGCUGACGUACCAGUGUAUGGGCAGUGUAUGGCGUCUAUCUCUGUUGGGAAGGGUGUGGAACUCCGCAGCUAUAAAUGUACCAUCCAACAAGUGCCUGCCACGGUCAUUGUCGACACGUGUCCAGACUGUCCAACAGCAGAGCACCUGGAUGACCCCAUCAUAGCGGAGACGGCUAAUCUGAUCCUCCAGAAAUACAACAGAAUGAAUCGCCUGCCAAACUACUUCACCCUCCUCAACGUAACAGGAGCUAGCAUGCAGUGGGUGGUGAGUCCGGCCUACUUUGUGAAGUUCACCAUCAGAGAGACGGUAUGUGCUAAGGACACUCCUGACGUCGAUCUGACCCAGUGUAAAAUGAUGGACUGUGAAUUUGCACACAAGGGCUUUUGCACAGGCUCUCACACCACUCUGGAUGAUGGCACGUUUCAGACCAAACUCUCCAUCGAGGUCAAGUGUGAAAUCUUUGAACCAGAGGCUGCCAAGGCAGAGGAGGAGGCCCAUGCCAGAGGAGACAGUGGGCACAGUGGGCAUCAGAGUGAAGAUGAGGACCAUAAACACAUGCACACACACCUGCACCCCCAUGAGCACCACCACCACCCCCCCAGCUCCAGUCAGACUUCCCCCAGACUGAAGGGCUCGCUGGGGGUAGUGGUGGUUCUACCUCCCCCUCAUGUGCCACCACCUCCACGAGCCUCACCAGCAGCAAGCAACUGUCCAGGCAAGAGGAAAACUAACCUGGGACUGGACAGGUUUCAAAUCUGAUUGAUAAACAUCUUCCGUUACUGCAAUAACAGCUUAUUAACACUUUUCUGACAUACAAAGCUACUUUGGUAUUAAGGGAAAACUGCAAGCACUAUGACUCCCAAUACUUCCCCUCUUUUGCCCUGGCUGGACAAUGUUCACAUUUUUUUUGCUACCUUAGAUCACAUAUGAAAAGUAUUCCACAACAUUGUACUGUAUAAUAACUAUGAUAGCUAGUAAAUUUAUCAGAGCAAUACAUGUAUAGUGUAACCUACAAUGGAUAUAUCUUCAUUGGUCAUAAUAAUGUAUUGUGCGAUUGUAGCCAAUUCAAUAUACCAUUAAAAAUGUUUUCAUCUGA